AUGCGUGUCAAUAUUGCAAAACAGGUGCCAUAGAAAUACAAAAAUAGCUAUUAAUAAAAUGACUCUGAUUUAAGGUUUGGUAUUUGCCAUAGUUAGUAAAAUCAUGUUCUCGAAAAAGAAAAGACGUCCUGAAAUAUCAGAACCCUCAAACUUUGAGCACCGGGUUCACACUGGAUUUGAUACUGAAGAAGGACAAUUCACUGGAUUACCUUUACAAUGGCAAAGUAUAAUACCUGACAAAGCUCGUCCCAAACCAUACAUCGAUGCCUCAGUUUUCACUCCGGUGCCUGAUGAGUAUUCCAAAAGUAAAUCCCACAAACGUAUAAAUGGAGCCCUUCCUAAUUUGUCGAACAUUACUGUAACUCGGUCAAAUUCUCUCAGAAAAGAAAGCCCUCAACUUACAAGAAAACUUGAAGACAGCAGAAUACCCGAUCCGUUACGGGAAGAUGGAUCGAAUGGUACAACUAGACGAAGUAGUGAGAGACAGCGUCAUUCAAGUAAAACAUCAGACUCUCGUUCCUAUGGCGAUUCACAUUCUCAUGGUGACAGUAAGGAACAUAGAUCACGUCACCAUAGCAGCAGACAUGGAUCUGAUAGCUCUGAAUCUCAUCGGGGUUACAGAGAUAGACAACGCCAUGGUUCUUCUGGUUCAGGCAAUCAGCAGAAUUAUAGGGAUGCUAGAGAUAGUGGAAGUAGUUUGUCUGAUCAGUCAAGAUCCCAUCGAGAUAGACGAGAUAAUUAUGAUAGAACUCUCUCGGAUAGAAACGAUGGUCGUUCAUCAUCAAAGAAUUAUGACAAAAGAGAACGAAGAAAAGACAGUGAUCGAAAUGGACAAAGAGAGGAACAUGAAAAGUAUAGUGAUAAAACUGAUGACAGGUCGAGGAGGCGGGAUAAUAAAUCGUCAUCAAGGGGAAACUAUGAAGCAUUACCUUCGAAAUAUAAUCCAAAGAUAAACGGUGCUGUCUCUGAUGAUAGGAAGGAAGAUUAUUCCCGGGAACAUUCAAGCCGAGACAAAAAUUCACAUGAUGAGGAAUGGUAUAAAUCAAGUAAACCGCCUGGACAGAAAUCUUAUUCUCAGCGAGAAAAUGAGGACCCUGCACAGCAAGGACAUGAUGUGAGUGAUCAUGGACGACAUCAUCGAUCUCCUAAACAACCAAUGCUUCCUGUGUCACAAACUCUUGAUAGAACAAGAGAGAGAUCGAAGGAAAGAUUAGAUGAAAGAAAUAACAAAACGUUGCCUAAACAUUCAGCGGAACACCAUAGAAGUCCACAGAACCUUAGAAAACCGAAUAUACCAAUCAAUACAGGUGGUUUACCUCUCAAACAUUUAGGACCAGUUGCCCAUCCUGUAACUCAAGAUGUUUAUCAGCAAAAACAACACGAAGACCCACCACCUCGUCCAGAACAUAAAGAACCUCCAUCUUACAAUCAUCACAUUGCAAACUCUAGAAAUAGUAACUCAAGUCGAGGGUCUUCUGUGAGUGGGGGAAGCGGAACCGUUCCUCCGCAACUACCUAAAAGUUUUCCUCAAGGUGCUCCAACGAAUCACACCAAUGCUUCACCUAACAAGCAUGAUCAUCAAAGAUCGCACCGUCCUAAUGUACCUCCACCUAUGCCUCCUCAAGAUGGAAGACAACAAAAUAACAAUCACCGCACGGAAAGAGAUGAUACGCAUCACAGAAAACAUUCAGACAGGGAGGAUACGCAUCAUCGAAGACGCAAAGAUGACAGAGGAGACCAUCGCAAUGAAUCAAGUAGACAUCAUCGUGAUGCUCCAUCAGAUUCCAUUCCACCACCAGCAGCACAAUCAGCUCUUGCUAAACAGCAGAAAGAUCAUCAGGAUCAGCAAGUUGUUACUCACGAACAGUUCAAAUCUGCGUUGCAGAUGGUUGUAUGUCCUGGAGAUCCAAGAGAAAGUCUUGAAAAUUUUAUUAAAAUUGGAGAAGGCUCAACUGGUAUUGUCUGUAUCGCAACGGAACGUGGUACUGGACGUCAGGUUGCAGUUAAGAAAAUGGAUCUUAGGAAACAACAAAGAAGGGAAUUGCUGUUUAAUGAGGUUGUUAUAAUGCGUGAAUAUCAUCAUGAAAACAUAGUUGACAUGUACAGCAGUUUUAUAGUGGACAACGAACUUUGGGUUGUCAUGGAGUUUCUUGAAGGCGGUGCUUUGACAGAUAUUGUAACAAAGACACGCAUGAAUGAGCAACAAAUUGCAACCGUUUGUGUAUCAGUACUUCAAGCAUUAGCGUAUUUACAUGAUCAAGGAGUUAUUCACAGGGAUAUUAAAAGUGAUUCAAUAUUGUUAACACAUGAUGGAAAGGUCAAAUUGUCAGAUUUUGGUUUUUGUGCUCAAAUUUCCCAAGAAGUUCCGAAAAGAAAGUCUUUAGUUGGUACUCCAUAUUGGAUGGCCCCGGAAGUCAUCUCACGUUAUCGGUACGGACCAGAAGUUGAUAUUUGGUCACUCGGAAUUAUGGUGAUUGAAAUGGUGGAUGGGGAACCUCCAUUUUUCAAUGAACCUCCACUACAGGCUAUGAGGAGAAUAAGAGACAUGCCUCCUCCAAAAAUGAAGAAUUAUCAGAAGGCAUCAUCCAUGCUAAAGGGCUUCCUGGAUAGAAUGUUAGUUCGAGAUCCAUCACACCGGGCCACAGCUUAUGAGCUCAUAAAGCAUCCAUUUCUUAACAAAGCUACUCAUCAUUCAUGUAUUGUUUCUUUAAUGAAACAAGAUAGAUAAAGCAUCUCUUGAUUUGAUGAAUGGUUGAUAUUUUGACAACUGUAGUUUGCAGUGCAAGUCACAGCACUUCAAUGUUCCUGACAAGAGUGGAUGAUGCAGGGCAGUGGCAUGGGUCCAUUAAACUUUGUUAUAUACCCAGAGAUUGCAGAAAAAUUAAGUUUUGGGCCACAGUGCAAAGAUCAACAAUUUCAACGAAUUUGAAAUGAGUCAAAAUGGAUAUUUCACAUAGCCAAGUUCAAAGUUUGUUAAAUUUUGCGAGGAAGUGUCCAUCAACUCCUUGAUUCAGAAAGAAGGAUUAUCAUCAAUAUGGAAUGCGUUGUGAGAAUUGCUGAUAACAGUCAUCUGAACCUUAGUAUUAGUAUUUCAAUUUUACCCAUCUCUUGAGUAAUCAAUGAGUCAUAGAGAAUUCUCUUAUCAAUAAAUCAAAUAAAAAAACAAUUAUUUUUCGAGAGAAUGAGAUGACAAUGUUUGAUUCACAAUUGCUUGGUGUUCUGAUUCAGCCAUUUCAGCUUGGUGCAAAUAUGAUUUUUUUUCAAUAAAAUCACACUUAAUUGACAGUAUUCAUUUUUUUAUAUCUUAACUUUGGUUACAUUCAUAGUUUACACAGUUCAACUUCUUCAUAUCUCGAUUGCAGUGCUUUGCAAUUAAAAUCGGUUUAAAUUAUUGAUUAUGGCGCUUAUUUGAUAUCUUUACAAGGCGAUUAGCCACACUACUAUAUUAUACAUGUCAAUUGAACAACAAACAUAGAUGAAUGGUGCUUCAUAUUUGUAUUAAUCUUAGAAAAAAGUCUUGCUUUUUUCAGUAUGAAUGGUUUAAUAUGAUUUUGUCCAGCACAUUGAGACUAGUUCAUAUUAAAAAUAUUUUACGUAACAAUCUGACUAAUGGGGAAUCAGCAUCACUAAUUUGAUUCUGAAAAACAGAAGUAAUUGAACCUUCUCAAUGUUAGGGUUGAAAAUCCUUCAAUAUCAACAUCAAUUGAAUUGGUCAGUACAUGCUCAAAAUCAUUUUGCCAAUCAGGUGCCUUUUAGAGAUACUCAUUUGAAUUUUUUGCAAUUUUUAACCUCUAUGAAGGUGGACAAACAUUUCUGUAAUAGUGAAAGCAAAUACCCAUCUAUCUGAGACUUUUUUUUGUUUUAAAAAUUAUUUUGUCGAAUCAACGUCAGGAUAUAUUCCACACUUGGAUCUGAAAACAGAAUAUUCGAUUUACGGGAUCAUAGUAUUGUUUUAUUCUACUCUUUCAUCAACUGUGUCAGUUUUACCUCAUAUUUUGUCAAUUUGUCAUAAACAUGUGGAUAUUGGCAUAUUCAAAUAGAAACAAUGUAUAUAUAAACAUACUUAUAUACGGAAUUUAGAAGUUAACUAAUUUGAUGCAACAAUUUCAAUAUUUCGAUACGUGAUGUGGUUCUACUUUAUUAUCAAUCUCCCUUUUUUAUUUUUGAAGUUGCAGUUUCUGUAAUAAAAUUGGUGCUUUUUUAAUAAACUUUUACAUAUUUUUGGAUUUUGAUUUCAGCGCUAUAUAACCUAUGCCACAUUGUAUCAAGUUGGAACGCUAUUUGCAGAAUUUUUUUGCCCCAUCGUAUGAAAUUUUUUUGUUUUGUUUGUUUUUUUGCAAAUCUUUUCAUUGUGAAUGAUGAAAUCAUAUUUUAUUUUGUUGCACAUUUUGCUCUACUGUUCCACACUCGAUAAACUGUUGUACAAUUUUGAUCAACGCAAAUAGUCAAAAAAUUUUUUUUUAAUAACAUGUGCUGUCAUUAACUUUUUGCUCAAAAUUUGAUUCGGAAAAGUUAUCAAUUAUUUUUGUGCUUCACAAUUUUGAACUUAGGUACAUCACACAUGACUCCAGUCUCCAGCAGCAGUCACUCUUGAGUUCACAGGAUUGAGUAAAUGAAGACAAAAUUUUUUUGUUUCACAUGCUUGUCUGUUCAUUUUGGAUUAUGGAAAUUUUCUUACUUCAAAUUUCACUAUACCACCUUAAUAAAAUUUGGUGAUGACUGGCGGUAUAUUAGGUAAUCUGUCCGAAUUAAGUGUAUUCAGAACCAGUACUAGAGACUUUGUGGAUAUUUGAUUUAAUUUUUCAAUUGGUACGAAAUUAAGCCUUGGUACAGUCUUGUAUUCAGUGUUCCAAAGUUUCAUUUUAUAUUAUAUUCAUAUAUUCACCUUGAACUGAAAACAAACUUGUGUAUAUAUCAUCAUUUUACAAAUUCUGAAGUCCAUGUAAGAGAGUUAUACAUCAUUCCCUAGAAAUGUCUGUUGCACGUUUCUUCCAAAUAUAUAUAAUAUAUGUAUAUAUAUACACAAUUAUUGUACAACACGUAUUUAAAUAUCUAUAAGUCUUAUUUAUGUAAUAGAUCACCACGAUAAUUCGACUCGGUUCAAUUAUUGGCUUCAACUGAUAGAAUAAGAAGUUGCACUCGUUGUUAUUAUUUUUUCAACAAUGCAUCUAGCAAACAGAUUUUCCCAAUCAGUGAAACCAUUUGAUUUCCUGUAUACAAAUUUCAUAAUUCACAUGCCCAGUAGUACAUAACAUUAAUCGUAUGAAAUUAUUUUGUCUUACAUGGACUACCAGUGUUGUAUUAUUUUUGGCUGUGGCUGCAGUUAUCUGGAUUCCUUUCAGAUUUUCAGCUAUUCUACUUCCUUGUACAUGAGGAGACAUAUUAAAUAUAUCCCUUUUUUUCUGCAUGGACUAUCUUAUUUUUUAUAAUUACUUUUGUAUAUUUACAAUUUGAGUUCUGUAUGAGUUAUAUUAUAUUACUUCUUUCUUUUUAUACGCACUAAGUUUUUAAAUUCAACAUAUAUCAUCACGUUGACUGAAUGCUAUUAAUAAAUCCUGUAUUAACACAGUG